AUGGACGUACUCGAAUUACCUCGACCUGUCAUUAAUUUUCUUCGAACAAUGGCUAAAGAAAGUUGUCGUUAUGCCCUUUCAUGGGACAUAUUUGGUGGACCUGAUUCAGUAACACUUACAUUAACAUGGAAACUUAUUGAUGAUGAAGCACAAUCAUCAAUGAUUAAUGAAACAAUGUCAUCACCACCAUCAUCAUCAUCAUCAUUAAAACAACAACAACAACAACAACAACAACAACAACAACAACAACCACAGCAACAAAAUUAUGAUAACCCUCGUACACGUUCAACAAUUAAAGAUAGCAAUAGACCAUCAUCACCACGUCGUUCACGUCGUGAUGAAAAUACUUCUAUCAAUGAAAAUAUUUCCGUACCAGCUAUAUUUCGUUCAUCUCGAGGCAAAAGUCUUGAAGGUAGUUCUUUACAAUCAAAUAAACAAAUUAUUUCUCAUCAUCAACAUAAUGUAAAAGAACAACAACAACCACAACAACAUGUAUUAAGUUUAGAACGACAAACAAUAACGAAUCAUCAUCAUCAACAUCAACAUCAACAUCGAACAAAAAAAGAACAACAAAAACAAAUACCAAUACAGUCAGAUCAAAUCUAUGGAAAUCUUUAUGAUACACGUUCAACACCUGUUGUUAAAUGUGCCACUAUAUCGUCUUUAUCGAGUUCUUCUCCAUCUCCUCAACCAAAUAAUAUCAAUAAUAAUAAUAAUCCACCAUUAUCUUUUGCUCAUACUCAUCAUCAACGUGCUAAACAACAACCUGUAACUCCACCAACUACUCGAAAACCUGUACGUUCAUUAAUGAAUACAUCUCGUACACCAACAAUACCGAUUACUAGUAAUAUAUCAUCAAAUUAUACAAAAUCGAGAGGAAAUAAUAAUAUAACUACUCAUAAUGAUAAUAAUAAUAAUGAUGAUGAUGAUGAUACACUUGAUCCAUGGGUAAAACGUUUUGAAUGUUCAUUUGAAGAUAAUGAUGAUGAAACUACAGAACAAUCAGAAGAAAAAGAACCCACGUCUACAACUACAGAUAAUAUUGAUGAAUUGGGAAAUACAUCUGGCAAAGUUAAAUUUAAGACAAAACCUGAUUAUUUCUAA